AUGUGGAGGAGAACGAUGGCGUCGGCAGGGGUGCUCCCUACCGCAUACUACUCGUCUGAUCCCUUCGACUUCAUUCUGGAGGAGUGCGGCAACAUCAGCGCCGCUCAGGCCGCCGUCCACCGCCGCUCCCGGUUUCUCCGCGAGGAGGAGGAGGACGACGCUCUCCCCGCCGACGCCCCGGGCCUAGCGGACCACGUCGUCUACCGGCUCUUUGGCUCGGAGUCGUUCCCCUGCCCGGACCCUUCCUCCUCCCGCCGCUGCUCCGAUGCUGCCGCGGCGGAGCUCGCGCUCAUCGGCUACUUCCUGCGCCUCGGCCCUCGGCGCCUCCACCUGCUCCUCCCGCGCCACCCGCCGCCGCAUGGGAAAGAGGGCGAGGGGCGUCGAACUGGGCCUUCUCCUUCCAGUGGCGGAAAGGGGAAGGCCUCGGCCUUGAAGAGGAAGCUCGAUUCUUCAUCUUUUCCUCCCCCUCCAUUCGUCUCCAUGGCCGACGACCGUGCAGUGAAGAAGAAGCCCCCCUAUGCACAACCAAAUGUUCCAGUCCGCACCGGCGACGAAUCUUCCUCUCAGGCGGCACGCCGGGUAUUCGCCGGCGACACAGGGCCUUCUCCCUCCGUCGAGAUCGAGAGGGGGCCCCGUGAAAGUAAAAAGGGCGCUGAGUCGACGGCGCUGGUCCCUGACUUGCCGGUGGAGAAGGCCGGGGGAAGCUUCCUCGCCUACGCCAUCAACGUGGAAACGCAUGAUCUGGGUGAGACUCGUGCCUCCGGGCCCCGUCCUCCGUGCUCGUCGGCGCUGGUCCAGCGAGCCCCGCCGUGCGCGGCGGGCGGUGACGCACUCUCCUUGGCGACGUUCGUCGACAUGCUGCUGAGAUUCUCGAAGAACAACCCCGGCCGGAUACUCGAGGACGUCGACCUGCUCGACGUGCUGGCGGCGAAGAGCGUAAGGCUGCCAGAUCCGGAAUGGUGGAGGCCCAGCGGCUAUGGCCCUUCCUCCUCCUCGUCCCCCCCAGGAGACGACCACAGAUAG